CAUCUCAUCUCGUCUGGCAGAAGAAAGCAUCCAAGCUCUUAUUUUUGACUACAUUCAACUCUUCCGUUAACACCCAACUAAAACCAUAAUGGCUUCCAAGGUGCUCAUCAUGAUCUUUGCUGUUGCCAUGGCAACCGCCUUGGUUACCGCCGAAACGUUCGACGAUCUCACAGGCGCUGAUCUUGAUGAAAUUCUGGGCUUGAUUUCUAAGAGGGGUGAUUCAAACGACGCCGGAAUGGUGUUCGACGAGGCCUUCGACGAAAUGGACAAACGGGGUCGGGGAGGGAGGAUGUUUUUCCGCUGUACACAUCCUCUGAAUGGCUUCAAUUGCAUCUGUGACAAGCGAUUCCGCGAGACCAGCCCCAAAUACUUCAGGGUAUGCGGAUACGGAGGAGGUCAGUAGAAUGGACGCAAACCUAUCAUGGCCGACUACCGGAUAGCAUAUUGAGGGACCGAAAGUUGAACAAACCAAGACCCGGCUGGACCGAUAUCCGGUUAACAAUGAAGACAACAUGUCCGAACCACACGCAGAUUACAAACAAUGACAUAUAAAUUAUUUGGGAAAAAAAUGUCGAAUAUCCAUCGGAUAGAAUGGCUGUCCUAUCCAUACUCUGUUACCAUGGUAACGUCACAAAUAUUGGACAGGACCACCGUUCUUGUCAGACAGAGACUAAUAUAAGCUCGAUUCCGAUAGCAGACCUGUACAUUUACAACAAUGUUCAUCAUGCUCUCUAAAGAUAUUUCUCUUCAAACUGUUCAACUAUUAUAAUACGAGUGUGCCUGCGAACUGAUUUCUUUCGUUGUUUAAGGUGCACGAUUUGAUAUUCACCUCAACGUCACGUGACACCAAUCUAUUAUGACGUAUCAAUGCGUGCACCACUUUGUACUUCCCUUUUUAUAUUACAUUUUUAUAUACAAUUAUGAAUACCGUUUAUGAAAUGCAACAUUAUUUCGAAAGCACAAAUUAUUCAAAUCGGUAAUUAUGAUAUACCAAAAAAAAAGGCAUUAUCAAAAGAGACUAAAUUUUAUAGUAUAUAGCUUUCAUAAACUAGGAUUAGGUAGGUAUAGAAAAGAGAGAACUCAUCAUUUUAAUGAUAUAUAAGUCAAGUUUUGAUGAUGCUGUCUUGCAAUGUAGGUAGAAGAUUAGAAUUUUGAAAAUUGGUAUAGGAUUUUAAUUCAUCCUAUUAGUGUCUCCUAGAACUUAUGAUUUGUAAUCAUCAUGCUCCUAGAAUCAAGCAAUCGAAGUAUUUCUAUUUUGGUACAUCACUAGUUCUUAAUAAAAGUGUGGUAUUCAUAACA